GAUCUCCAGCAGCAUUCUGCUCAUCUUGAGCUUUGGAUCAUCUCUCCCCCGAUUGCAUCGUGUUCGGGUGCAAAACGAUCACACAGGGAUUUCGAUGGGUUAUGUGUUCCUCAAUUUGGUCAAUGCAACAGAGCAACUCACAAUGUUCAUCAUGAUUUUGGUGUCCUGCAUGAUCAAUUCUCCGCCCCUGGGUUCAGGGAACGACCUACCCCUUCUUGAAUGCCCACCUCAAGCUGGUGACUGGUUGAAUAUAUUACAAUGUGGAUGCAAUUUCUGGCCUUGUUCGCACUGUGUCAAUACUAUGAGCGAAACACGUGGGCUCUGGCUGCCUAUGCAACCUUCCUUCUUAUAUCCAUCAUACCACUUCUUAUCAUUGCUGCUAUGAGCUUUUUGCAUGGUGACAUAGGCUAUGAGUUGCUCAUGGGGUUUAUCACGUUCAUUCACCAGCUCAAUUCCAGUCCCGUCAUGCCUAUUGCCGAAGGCGUCGCGUUCCUCAUGCAGGCUCGCCAUAUCACUUCCGUACAGUCUCCCAAUGCUCUGAGCCUCUCCGGUCUCGCUAUUCAAGCCGUUGUAUUUUUAGUGGUUGCUAUAACUUGGAUAUGGCACAUUUGGUUCCCAUACGAAUUGGGCAUCCACCCCAUUCGGGAUUUUCUUCCCGCUUGGUAUGAAUUUAUCGGUUGUUUUGUGGUCGAUAAUAUUGUCUUUGCUGCAGGUAUCUUGGUGGAUCACCACCACUACUAA